GGCUGUCCCGAUCAACAGUGGUGGUCCAUUGCACUGCAACACUUGCUCAAAGCCUCCCGUCUCCUCAACAGACUAAAAACUGAUAAGCCUCAGAAUAUUCCCUUCACCGGAGAGGCGGAGCCUCACCGAUCUCCUCCACCACCACCAUGGACUUGAACUUCCACCUCCACGGAGGCUCUCCCUCCUCCUCCACCUCCUCUUCCGACCACCACCGCCGCCCCAACAACAAUUCCUCUCCAACCCCCCCAAACGGCCACUCCUCUGACCCUAUGCACUCCUGGUGGGAGUCCAUCUCCAAAGCUCGCUCCCGCAUCCACCUCCUCUCUUCUCUUUUGCCCUCUUCCCCUGAUGAUGAAGAUCCUCUUUCAUCCCUUGCCGACACCGACCGCCCUGCGCGUUCUCUUCUCCUCUCGUCCGCCGCCUACUCUUCUGUCUCCGCCGCCCUGUACUCUCCCUCAUCCGGCUCUGGCGACGAUCCUCUCUGCCACUGGCUUUAUGAUACUUAUCUCUCCUCUGACCCUGACCUACGCCUCGUCGUUUUAUCCUACCUCCCGCUUAUCUCCUCCAUCUACCUCCAUCGUAUCCACUAUCCCCCGUUGGAUAUUCCAGUCUCUCUCUCCGGUUUCGAAGCUGUACUCUUAGCUCUCUACUCUUCCGAAACCAAAGCACGCAACGGCAAGCCUGUCACUAUUACAAUUCCUGAUCUGUCUCAGCCCUCGCUCUAUCACUCCCCUCGCAAUCCUGUUAAAUCUUCAAACCCUACUUCUAAGUCUAGUAAACCUUUGGUCGGGGUUCUGUCGCCUCCUUUGGAGCCGCAGAUCGCUGUUAAAUCCACUAAACGCGCCUGCAUUGUUGGGGUUGCUCUCGAUUGCUAUUAUAAGCAGAUCUCCCAGAUGCCCAGUUGGUCAAAGCUUGACUUCUGCAAGUUUGCUUCUGUUUGGGCUGGGCAGGAUUGCCCUUGUACAUCAGAUUUCGACCAAAAACCUGAGAAUUUUGUCGAAAAGAAUGGCCGGUAUGAGAAUGACAAUGGGUUUGGGGAUGAUAUUAGGGUUGAGGCGGAUGAGAUUGAAAAUGUGGCGGAAAGAGUCAAAGAUUUGGAUAUUGUGGAUGAUAAUUCAGCGGAAGUGGGAGGGAAGGAUGCAAGAAUUCCCCUGCCAUGGGAAUUAUUGCAGCCCGUUUUGAGGAUUUUAGGACAUUGUUUGCUGGGGCCACUGAAUGUAGAGGAGGUGAAGGAUGCAGCAUCAGUGGCAGUGCGGCGACUGUAUGCUAGGGCUUCGCAUGAUCUGGUUCCACAAGCAAUUCUUGCAACAAGGAGUUUGAUUCAACUUGAUAUGGGGGCACGUGAAGCAGCCAAGGCAGCAGCUACAGCGGCUGCUAAUGCUUCCGGUUCAAAUGCUAACACUCCCAGUAAGGCCAAGAAACCCGAGAUACUUUUGGUCUCCAAGUGAGAAUUUAUUGCGAGAAUUUAUGCGGUUUGUGUAAAUCAUGACUAUUAGUAUACAUAUAACUAUAUUAUUUGUAUCUACGACUAUGAAUGUGUUAACUUUGAAGAGAUAGAUGCACCCAAGAUGCUUUGUAAGCCUAUGAUUUGCUAUUAAUUUGAUUUCAAUCAGUUCUCUUUGAAAUUUUGUCGUU